AUGACUAAAACAGCCAGCAAGGAGCAUUGCUUAAACAUGCUCGAGACUCAAUAUAAUAUUCUGCAAGAAUGGCCGACACCUUCCAUAAAAAAAGCAGAUUUGAGAAUAAUCAGGUCAGAGGUGUUCGAAGACUCUGAUUCAAGAGUGCCAACGCUCUUCCAACCAUGGUCUCUGAAACAACUGUUGUCUUUCAAGUUUGAUAGCUCAGACCCUAAAGUUGUUAACGAUGUUGCGAUAUCUUAUGAGAGUAUUGAUCACGGCUCUUACACAUUGCAGAAAAACAGGUUUCCUCUCUAUGCCCGCUUGAAGGUAAUUCUUGAAUGUUUCAUCAGUGAGGUGCAGGCCUGGCCGCGAGAAUCGCUCGAUGAGACUCAUACGCUUUCAUUCUAUACAGGAUGGAAAUUUCUCGAACUUUACACUCCAAAAAUUAAGCUCGAUAUGCGUUGCGGUAUUGACUGGGAGUGUCAUGGCGGCUGGGUCAAACACGGUGGCGAACACCCGCAUAUCAAAGCAGCUAUGCACACUGCCAUCGAUAUACAUGACGCGGACGAACUUCUAAUAAGUGAGCUUCUUGUUAUUCUUGGUAUCAUGAUAGAGCGCAUGAAAGAUGAAUCGCUGAAAAACCAUAUCGUUAUUCCGGUAAUGCUCUUUUCGCUUGUUGGUCCGCGGCAUGGGAGGAUCCUUACAGCAUACUUUGACGAGCAGAAUCUAGUAGUGAAAAAAACGCCGCUCCAAUACUUCCCUGCUUCUCCUGACAGCGUUGCUAUGCGUGAGUUUUUGCGUUACCAAGCUGGUGGGAUCAAUCUGUCUCUGGAUACUACUCGGCUUCCGAAGCCAGUUAAAGGUGUCUCAGUGUCUAUUUAGAAUGGAUUAUGCCUGCGGAUACUAGUUGGGCAGUAUUAGUAGUCACUGUUGGCG